AUGCGCUUUGUCCGUGCGUUUGAAUUUGCCAUCGAGGAGAUCAACAACAGCUCUGAUGUCCUACCUGGCAUCACUAUAGGGUAUCAUAUUUAUGACUCUUGUGCCUCUGUGCCAAUGGCAGUCAAGGUAGCCUUUCAGCUUGCCAAUGGACUAGAUCUAAUAUUUAACGACACUGACUCCUGUACAAAGUCUGCAGCUGUUACAGCAGUAGUAGCAGAAUCUGGCUCCACACCAUCGAUAAGCAUUUCAAGACUUCUCGGUCCAUUUGAAAUUCCACAGGUGAGUCAUUACGCAACGUGCGCGUGUCUCAGUGACAAGCGGCAGUAUCCUACUUUUUUCAGGACCAUCCCCAGUGAUCACCAUCAAGCGGCAGCACUGGCACGGAUGGUCAAGCACUUCGGAUGGACGUGGAUCGGAGCUGUGCGCAGUGAUUCAGACUACGGGAACAAUGGCAUGGCAUCAUUCCUGAAAGCUGCGGAGCAGGAGGGAAUCUGCGUGGAGUAUUCUGAGGCCUACUACAGGACCCAGCCGCGCAGCAAACUAAAAAGAGUCGCGGAUGUCAUUCGUAGAUCAAUGGCUCGUGUAAUAGUUGCCUUCCUGGCCUCAGGUGAUAUGAGAAUCCUUUUAGAAGAGUUGAGCCAGCAGCCUCCUCCCCCGAUGCAGUGGAUCGGCAGCGAGGCGUGGGUUACAGAUCCAGAAAUGCUGCGGUUUAAUUUGUGUAUCGGUGCUAUAGGCUUUGGAAUCCCGCGGUCAGUUAUCCCGGGGUUUCGUAAUUUUUUACUUGACCUGUCUCCACAACAAGCACUGAAAUUUCCCCUGCUGACAGAAUUCUGGGAAAGUUCAUUCAGCUGUAGUCUAAAACGGCAGACAGGUUCUUCUACUGGGAUGCGAGCAUGUGAUGGUACAGAAAACCUGCGCGCUUUACAGAACCCGUACACAGACACAUCACAGUUGCGGAUCACUAACAUGGUGUACAAAGCCACAUACGCUAUAGCGCAUGCCCUCGAUGCUGUCGUCUGUAACAAAAAACAUUGUGACAAAAACGUGAAAGUUGAACCGCGGCAGGUGCCUGUGUCUGUGUGCAGUGAUAGCUGUCCUCCAGGUACGAGGAAAGCUGUGCAAAAAGGAAAACCUGUCUGCUGUUAUGACUGCAUUAACUGUGCUGAAGGAGAGAUCAGCAAUGAGACAGAGUCAUUAAGGAUCCAGCUUGUUCUUGAAACAUUGAAAGCGCACAAGUGGGAGAGAGUGGAGAGGAUGGCGUCAGAAAGGACCUGGAGCUGGGACUCUUUCAAGGAUCACCGAAGCACAACCACAGUAUAUGCACAAGGCUGUUGGGUCUAAAAUUUUAAAGUCCCCUGCCUUAAAAAUCACAUGCCGCAUUCCACAUGGUUUAAAAAGACACAGUCCCCCCCUCGGGGUGCCCCCUCUAAGGUUGGGCUCUUGGAAUUGUCCCAAUCUUCCCUCCCGUUACAGCUUCCCUGGUUGAAGGUUCCCUUCUCACUGUUCAGCAAAUUUUACUUUGAGAUACAUUACCAAAAUAAAAGAUCAACUGGUUCCAGUCAUAAAGGUACAAGGGUUUCUCUUGCAAGUGCUGCAAAAAAUAUGCAUUUAUAUGCAAAAAUAUUCAAAAUUGUUUGACAAAAAUCUUUAAAUAUUAUUGAAUUUGAAUUGUUAUUCUACAUGUUUUAACAAUACGUCCAUGCAUACUCUGCAAAAUAAAGUUUAGGAUUAUUUUCAUCUGUUUUAUACAAUAUGUUUCCAAAAUAAAACUGCUGUGUUACAAUUUU